GCUCGCCCCCCGAUGCAACAGCAGGCUCCUCCUCCACCAGCACCAGCGGCCCAGCAGAGCGCUGGCCCAGGUCUUUUCGGCCAGAUGGCUUCCACCGCUGCGUAUGUAGCUUUCUUGCCCUACCAACGCCACUUUCGGGGAAGAAAAACCCUACCUUCGACCCCCCGUUUCCACCCCCCUGAUACUAUAAAGAGAAUAACUAACGUGUACCAGUGGUGUAGCAGUCGGAUCGUCCAUCGGCCACGCCGUCGGUGGCUGGUUCAGCGGUGGCAGCAGCAGUGCCGCUCCCCAAGAAGUUCAGCAGAUGGCCGCCUCACCCGCCCAGGCUCAACAGUUCGACCAGAUGGCACAGAAUGGCGAGUGUGCGACUGAGCUUCGCAUGUUCAAGGAAUGCGCCGCAGCGUACGGGGGCGACCAGCCAGCUUGCAAGUUUCCUAUGGACACCCUGAUGAAUUGCUUCAAGGGACCGUCUAGCAACAGCUCCUCGACGUGGUAGACAAGGUAGCAAACGGUGUAUGAUAGCGUGGGGUUGGAAAUGGAGCAAGCAUGUGCAUACGGACAGUACGGAAAUCAAGACAGCCGUUAUUUAUAAAUGUGUAUAAAACUCGACUUGCAUGCUGUCUUCCAAUAUGUACGUUGGGGGGCAAAUCACUAAAGCAUAGCAUCUCAAUCAUAAACCCUCUCUGCUCAUAUAUAUGGCAUUAAUCUCCGCAU